GCCCCCGUCUCUUCUUCGUGGGGGCCCCAAGUAUCCCCCUGCUUCUCGUGGGGGUAUAAAGGACCCUGGUCUACCUUCCACAGAGUCACAGAACCAAGCGGCAUCGCAGAAGCCGACAUGAAUCCUCUGAUCGCGUGUAUGAUCGUCGGCCUGGCAGGGUUCGCCCUGGCCGAACCGCCAGUCUCAUCAGGCUACAGCUAUAGCAGGCCAAGCGGCGGCGGCGGCGGCGGCGGUGGCUACUCGCUUGGCGGUGGCGGUGGUGGCGGCGGUUACACAGCCGUUUCCACCGGCUACCAGACCAACGAGGGUGCCUCCGUCGACGGAGCGUUGCUCGAGCAGAUCCGUCAGAUCCUGCUGAAGGAGGAGCUGCAAGCUCAGCAGACCGGUGGAUUCGGCGGCGGCGGAUACGCGCCUAGCUCCAGUUACGGCGCCCCGUCAUCCCAGUACGGCGUGCCCAGCUCCACGUACGGUGUGCCCGGUUACCAGACCCGCGUGGUGGGCAUCGAUCUCGAAGGAAUCAGACAAGCCAUCCAGGUGGCCCAGUUCAACCAAAUCACUCAUGGGCCCGGUGGCUACCCCAGCGGACCUAGCAGUACCUACGGGGCACCAAGGCCCAGCGGUAGCUACGGUGCACCGUUCUAAAGCGGUCGUCUGACAACAAAGAUUGGAUGCAGGGAGAGCGAGAGAGGGAGCGAACGAGACAGCGAGAAAGCGAAUGAGAAUGAGUGGAGACACCCAGUCGACCGCCGCGACUAUCUUUCGAGCUCACCGUGAUCAACCGAAAGCAUCACGAUCGAUCCGUGAACGGAAGACAGAAGAAGCUGGACACUUACCGCAGAAACU